ACAAAAUAAAUUUGAUUGAAGAGAGAGUUAGAAAGAGUCAGAGAGAAAAGAGAGAAACUAUUAACCAUUUCAAUCUUGAGCCAAAACACUUGCAAGCUUUCAUAGCUAUUGAAAUUCCUCAUUUCCAUAUACCAAAACCACUCCAAAAAUUCUGAUAUAGCCAAAGAUCAAUUGCCUUGAUCAUAAGGAAGAGUGUUUAGUACUUGAAAGUGAGAAAAACUAGAGAGUUAGCCAUUUUUCAUAUCAUAAACUCCAUAAUUUCGAAUUGAGGAUUUGAGGAUUUGAGAACACACGUCCUACACUUGAGGGUGAUCAAAAGGAAGUUUGAGAACUAAGAAGUUCAUCAUUUCCUUGGAAGUGUUAUCUUCUUGGUUCCUGAGUUUUGUAGCAGUGAAAAGGGUUAAGGCUAAAAAUGGGAGUCUUGAGAAGGAUGAGUGCAUGAACACUGCCAACCUUUCAUCAAUUUUAGAGCAGCUGUCUAUAUGGGAGAAGAAACUUUAUAAGGAGGUUAAGGAUGAAGAAAGACUCCGAGGAAUUUAUGCUAAAGAGCAGAAAAAGUUAAAGAAAUUAGAUGAUAGAGGUGUGGAGUCCGGCAAGAUUGAUGCUACUUACAAUUCAAUUAAAAAGUUGCUCCUGAAAAUUAAGGUUGCUGUCUCAACGGUUGAUGCAAUAUCAAAAAGGAUAAACAAGUUAAGAGAUGAAGAGUUGCGGCCCCGACUGAAUGAAUUGAUUCUCAGUUUGACAGGAAUGUGGACGUUCAUGGUUGAUUGUCAUCGGAAGCAAUUCCUGGCUAUGUUGGAAGGCAAAACUCAAUUGCAAAUCGCACAAGCAGCUAUUGAGAGAAACUCAAGCGUCAUGGCUGUACGAAAGCUGGAAACAGAUAUUCUGAAUUGGGCUACAGCUUUCACCUAUUGGAUUAGCACCCAAAAAUCAUUUGUCAAAUUCUUAAAUGGGUGUCUUAUGAAGUGCCUGCUCAAAGAACCAGAAGAGACGCCAGAUGGAAUUGCGCCCUUCUCUCCUACAAGGCUCGGGGCUCCACCAAUCUUUAUCACUUGUAAUGAUUGGUACAAUGCAAUUGAGAACGUUUCAGGUGCUGGAGUAUCCAAAGCAAUGCAUGAAUUUGCUUCCAUGCUGAACCAGUUGGGGAAGAAGUUAGACGAGGAAAAGCGUCAGAGGCUCAAAGUGGAAUAUCUAGCAAAGGAUCUCGAGAAACGAGUCAAAACGCUUUACGAGGAAAGCAGGAUGAAUUGGGAGCAAUAUGUAUUGUCAAACAAUGCAGCUGCCGCAGAGGUUACUACUGAAAGCGGAAUUCUGAUUCCGGAUGGACUUCAUGUUGAUUUGAAGCCGAUGAAGAACAGAUUGGAUGACGAAAGAGCGAGGCGCACGGAAGCGAUUAUGCAAGCGAAUGAUAUUGCUUCGCAAGGCUUUCGUGCAGGUUUGGUGCGGGUUUUUGAGGCUUUGGAUGGCUUCAGUGGCGAGAUGUUGAAGGCUUUGGAGCAAGUCAGGUUUCCAAAAGGGGAAGGAGGAACAGAUGCUCAGUUGGUGGUGUGUAGAUAGUUGAUUGAAAUUUUCUCCUGUCCUCUUCUUUUGAUUUGCCGAUGACACGAGUCUAGACCUUUAUUUUGACAGGAAUGUGGACGUUCAUGGUUGAUUGUCAUCGGAAGCAAUUCUAGCUAUGUUGGAAGCCAAAGCUCAAUUCCAAGCUAUUGAAAGAAACUCAAGCAUCAUGGCUAUACGAAAGCUGGAAACAGAUAUUCU